CGCAUAAGCUCAUCACGUGGUGCUGUUUAGCCCCAGGUCUAACUGAGCACUUGGGCUGCGGCCACUCCCAUUCGGGAUGGUCUGGGUCGACAUCGCUUCCUUCGUUCGCCCGUGGCCCCGCAGCUUGGUUAGGCCUCACCUCUUCUUCUCACAAGGAAACUGCUACUUAUCUUGACUUGUCUACCAGCACAAUACAUCCCACAGCACAGCUCAUCGCUCAUCGAUUGGUGCCGAGAACUCUCAUCUAUUCCCCCAAAGGCCACAGGCACGAAGUCGCUAUAAAUCAGAAUCUCUCACUCCUGCCCCAACCCAGCCUCGCGAAUUCCUCUCCGUCAAAGUCGCUUGCUUCUACUAGUACAACUCGAACGGCCCACGCACGCACGCUAUCGAUGGCUACACCCGCGGUAAGUUGCCCAUCUCCACGGACGACCCCGAUAUCAAAACCACAGUCCCUAAUGCCCGGCUCUCAACAGCGGGAUUCUGCUGCUGCUGUUCCUGCCGAAAAUCCAAAGCUUACGCUCCUCUCGCUCCCGCCCGAGCUCCUCGUCUACCUCUCGACCCACCUGCACACGAGCCAAGACUACCUGGCCCUCUCAAUGACAAGUCGUCAGCUUCGCGCGUGCUGCUUCUCGCUUCGUCCGAAAGAGCUCCGCACCCUGAUGGAGCGCACCAUCGCCCGCGGCCUAACCGACGAGGAGACCAUGACGCAGUAUCUCGCCGCACUCAAGGACUGCAAGUUUUGCGAUUGGUACUUCUCCGAUGAACUGAAUCGUCGUACCUACGCCCAGACGAUGACGACUCGUCGCUAUCAUCUCAUCUUGAGCCACGAUCCCGACCACGAGACGAAGGACAUCUGCGGCGGAUGUCUCACGCUGGCUCUGGUGCUUAAGUAUUGCUGGUACCCGUGGUAUGAGACGAUGGAUGCUACCGAUGAAUUCCGCGCGAGCUACCUGUAUGCCAUUCGCGCCAGGGUUACUGACCCCGACAAGUAUCUGCAUCAGACCUUUUGAUUCCAAAUUCCGAAUUCUGCUUCCGAACUCUGCUUCCGAAAUCUGCUUUUCUCUUUCUUUCCUUCCUGCCUUCCUUCCUUCUUUUAUUUUUGCGUACCAUUCGUCGUGAGAAGGUUUUACAUAUAUAUUUGAUGUGCGGGGUCAUGCCGAGUUUCGGAGUUGGGAGUUGUCGAGAAACGUCUGUAUCUUUUUUUAGGUGUUGGUCUGUUGGUCUGGCAGUGUUAUAUCAUGGUUGCUAUACCUCAAUGUUUGUUAUGAUUGCAAUUGAAUGCUCGGUUUCAGAGCGGUAUGAUCUGAAGUAUCUCAGCG